GAGCUUUCAAAUAAAUCAACGCAGACUGGUGCAUCUUGGGAAGAGACUACUACUUCCUUUUACACGCAAUUUGCGGUCGUACGCCACAUCGACGAUUUUCAAACAAGGAUAAUCAUGGGAAUGAGACGUCCAAGAACGACAAAGAAUCCUCCGAUUCUAAGCCAUGAAUUUGUGAUACAAAACCAUGCAGAUAUUGUCUCCUGCAUCGCCAUGGUGUUUGUGGUUGGUCUCAUGUUUCAGGCCACUUCUCCAGUAGCUUCACUGUUUGUUGCUUUACAACACAAUGUAUCGUCUACAGUUAAUGUGUCUGAAGCAGAGGACCUGCCACUAAUGUAUACUAAUGGAGCUAAGGACAUCUCCUGUGUGUUUUUCUACACCUUGAUCUGCAUUGUAAUCCAUGCUGUGGUCCAAGAGUAUGUUCUAGAUAAACUAAACAAGAAGAUGCAUCUGUCUAAGAUAAAGCACAGCAAGUUUAAUGAGUCUGGGCAAUUGUUAUUUUUCUACUUUGUAUCAGCCGCCUGGGGAGCAGAUCUGAUCGUGCGAGAGAAUUUUCUGAACAUCAAUUCCUUAUGGGAAGGUUAUCCACAUGCAAACUUAGGAUUUGUGAACAAGUUUUACUUCAUCAUUCAAUUAGCCUACUGGUUACAUAGCUUCCCUGAACUCUACUUCCAGAAAACUAAAAAGGAAGAAAUGUCAUCUAGGAUACAAUAUGCAGUGCUGUAUUUGUUAUUUAUUGGUGGAGCUUAUGCAUUAAAUUUUACAAGAGUAGCCUUAGGGAUGAUGGUACUUCACUAUUCAGUAGAAUUUGUCUUCCAUCUAGCCAGAUUAAUGUACUUCUCCGAGAAGACAGAUUUAGCUAACACUGGAUUCAUGGUAUUUAAUGGUCUCUUUGUGUUGGUGAGAUUAGGAACAAUAACUCUGUCAGUAUUGACAUUCUGGUAUGGUUUACAGCAAAGUAACCAGUUAACCAUUGAUUUCCCAGCUGGAAACUUUAAUACUCAACUUGUUAGAAUUAAUUGCCUGGCAGCUGUAUCUUUACUGCAGGCCUGGAUGAUGUGGAACUUCAUCAACUUCCAUCUCCGACGUCUACGAGAAAGAAGUGCCGUCUCACGUAAAAUUAAAUCUCCAAUCAAGAAGAAGGUUAAAAUGGCUGAAGAAGACAUACAAAACCUCCCAGAAGCAGAUCAACAAACUGCAUCUGAGAAUGGUGUGAGAUCUCGCUCUAAAGCCAGCAAGAAGAACUAAGCAUGUGACCUGUAUCAUGUGAUACAUCCACUGAGGAUGUGUAGUCACAUGACUUGUCUCUUGGAUCAUGUGACAAGAUUUUGUUUGGGUGUAAUGUCAGCUAACUUGUUUUUCGAAAUUUGUGCCAUUGUUUUUAUUAUUAUAAAAACUGGAGUAAUAAAUGUUUAAAGAAUGUAAACAUUUGCAUUCAAAAUUUUAAAAAAAUUGUAAGUAAGCAGCAAUUUUUAAAUCUCAAAUUUGCAGUUAUAUUUGCAUGUAUCAAGAUCUUGAAAUGGGAACCUAAAACAAUUGUGUAACACAAGGCUAUUUCAGGUCUCAUUAACAACUGUUAAAAGUUCGUGAUUGUGUUACACAGGUGAAACGUAUCUUUGUGUGAACAGUUUAAUCAGCCAAAAAUGACCUCUAGUAGGCUAUCAUAUUUGUGUUGUUUUAUCAUUUUAUCAUUUGUUUAUUUUCAAAAAAAUCUCUGACAACACCCCUACAGAAAUUGUCAUUUAGAUUGUUGGUGGUGGUUCAAAUGUUAAUGUGUUUGUAAGUUUGUUUGUUUGUUUGUAUGUAUGUUGUUCAUGUCUGUUUUAUGAUAUGCUUAAUAUUAUCACAUUAGCAAUUUUAAGAUGCGCUUUUGUCAUUUAGAAUUGGUUUCAUUUUAGCCAGCAUUUAAGUUGUUUUAUAAAAGUCAGCUGUUUUGUACAGAGAUUUUAAACAUGAUAUAAAACUUAUAACCAAUUUAUACCAUGCAUGUUUUAAUGGAACGGCCCAUAUUAAAAAUUGAUGAAAAGUAAUUUGUUUUGUGUUUUUGGAGUUUUUUGUUGGUCAAAUUUUUCCAAAUAAAAUUGUGUUUUACACAAGAAAUAUUAUUAACUUCAUUUUUUAAGAAUUCAUUUUUAGUUUUAUUUAAAAAUUUGUUAUGAUGAAUAAUUAUCAGUUAUAUUUUUAGUGAAAUAUUUCAACCUUUUGUUUUUUUACCUACCUUAUUUGUUGGUUUUGUUUAUAACUAAUUCUGUCAUUUUGACAUAUUGAUGGUACACAAAAGAUGUUAAAAAGUUUGAUAGUAUUAACUGUGUCCCUGAAAGUACAUAAUUAAGUAUUUUGCCUGUAUGAAAACAAGGGAGAAUAUGUGAUAUAUUACCAGAAUAAUUAAUGCACAAUUUCAUUCAUUAAGUGCUCAUCAUUUUAGAUUUUGAUUUUAAAACCACUACAUGUAUAUAUUGAUCAUUUCAUGCCCACACAUUAAAAACAUACCUUUUUUCACUGUAGUGAUACACAUUACGAAUUUAUAGAAAUGUAGAUUGAAAAUUUCAACAGAUUGAAUUAAUUUGAUAUCUAAAAUUGGUGAUUAAAAAUUUAAACGAAACACAUUAAUUUGAUUUGUAAAAUGUAGAUUGAAAAGUUACCAGACAAAUUCAAAUGUAGGUUGACAGUUACUUUGAUUAAGUCGGUGCUUGUUUGUCAGAUGUAUGGUAAUAUAAAAUACUGUAAAUUCAGAAAUUAUUGCGAUUAUGUCAUUUUAGGCUUAAAUGCGAUUUUAAUUUUUACGAUUUUGAGAAAAAUCCUGUUAAAUUCAUAUAAAUAUUUCAAAAUGUGAGAUUAAAUUAUUGCGUUUACAACUCAGUCGCAUUUUUCGCAAUAAUAAAAACCUCACAUUAAUUUCUGAAUUUACAGUAGCUUACAAGUUGUUGUAUUUAAAUUACUGUUUCAUAUAGAAAUAUAUAGUAGAUAAGGAAGGCACAUAUAGUUUUAUCCCACCAUGCCUGAUUGAGGGGGGAUAGGACCUUUAUCGGGAGUCCGGAAUCAGGUGUUUUUAAGCACAGGAUUUCGGGAUUGACCCUCUCCUGAUUCAGGAAUUAUCUUUUGAAUUUCAGGGUAUUUAAAUUUAUUUAAUUUUGUACCUCUGGAUUUCAUGUUUUUUAGCUUGGGAUCAGGACCCUACCUUCCCCCCUCCUGAUUGAUUUCUAAAUGCUGAUCUGUAGAAACAUCCAUCAAUAUUUUAAAGUGCCUUCCUACCCCCUAUUGUACAGUUGUUUAUGGAAAACCUGUUAGAGAAGAAAUCAUUAUUGAUUAAUGUAACUAUUUUCAAGUACUUGUUAUUUUAAAGCAAACUUCUUUUGUGUUUAAUUGUAUAAAAAUGUCAUGAAAAGAGAAGAUGUAUUUGUUGAUUGCAAUAUUGAUGCAUCACACUAUUUUUACACUUUGUUUAAAAAUACCGUUGAAAAUCAUAACAUUUAUAUAUAUAUCAAAUAGACUCAAUUUCAUUAUUAUUCACUCAUUGUAAGAAAUAAAAAAAGAAGUCUAAUUAAAGAAUAUUGGUCUAGCAAUGUUAAAAUCAAGUUAGAUUAACAUAUUUGUCAUCAUUAUAAACAAAGAACCUAUUUAGGAACAUGUUGUUAAGAUCAUUUACAAUCACCAAUACCUAGAUAACAAACAUUCAACGGUAUUUUUAAAUGAUGUGUAAGAAUUAACUUGUUAAAGAAUAAAGUUAUGAUCUGAA